AUGACCCCCCAACGAAGCAUCAUCGUAACCGGAGGCGCCUCAGGCAUCGGCCUCGGAAUCACCCGCCACUUCGCCACCCAGCCAAACACCCACAUCACCAUCCUCGACAUCAACAACGGCACCGCCGUCCUCGCACAGCUCCGCGCCGAAUUCCCCUCCGCAAGCCUCAGCUUCGAGCAAUGCGACGUCUCCUCAUGGGAGAGCCAGGCGGCCGCCUUCGAGAAAGUCCACGCCGAACAGGGCCAUGUGGACAUCGUCUUCGCCAACGCCGGCAUUACCGAAACGGGGAAUCUGCUCGCCGGCAUCCACGACGAGAAACCCGCGAAACCGGGCCUGGCGACGCUGAACGUGAACCUCGUCGGCGUGAUCUAUACGGUGAACCUCGCCGCCCACUACGUGGCCAAAAACACACCCCGGCCUGGUGGAUCUUCCCCAGCCGUGGCCUCCAGGGGAAGUAUUAUCUGCACGGCCUCGAACGCGGGUAUCUACCCCUUCCCGAUUGCGCCGGUGUACGCGGCCACGAAAAGCGGCGUGAUUGGGUUGGUGAGAGCGCUGGCGCGGCCGCUGGGGGAAGAGCAGAUCCAGAUCAAUGCGCUGGCGCCGGCUAUUAUUGAAACGAAUAUCGCGCCUGAUCCGGCCUUGUUUCGGUCUAUGAUCCUGACGCCCAUGGAGACGGCCACGAAGGCGGUGGCGAGGCUCGUGAACGAUGCGUCGCUGACGGGAAAGGUGGCUGAGCUGCACGGGGAGAAUGUUACGUUUGCGGAGCCACCGGCGUAUGUGGACGAGGACUCGGGGACAAAUAUUGAGAUGUGUUGGAAGCUGGGGCAUGCGUGA